AUGGGCUCGCUGCGCGGUCUGCUCGAGGGGGUCGUCGACACCGCCCUCGACUCGCUUUACACAGCAACAGGUAGUUUGACGCAGAGCAGGACAAAUGGCCUCUCGCUCCUGGGGACUCUCUUAGCCCCUACCUUACCUCUCUUCCUAACCAACAACUCUUUGCCAGAUGGGUACCCGUGGGGGGAGCUGACCGACGAGGGUACCAACCCGUACACGGAGUGCCCCAGGACCGGCGUGACAAGACACUACGACUUCACGGUGAGCCGGGCUUCUAUCGCUCCCGACGGGUACCUACGCGAUGUGCUCCUCGUCAACGGGGCCUUCCCCGGGCCGCUGGUCGAGGCCAACUGGGGCGACACGAUCGUGGUGGAUGUCCAUAACGACAUUACCGGGCCGGAGGAGGGCACAGCAAUCCAUUGGCACGGGUUUUUGCAGCACGGGACGCCCUGGGAGGACGGCGUUCCUGGCAUAACCCAAUGUCCGAUCCCGCCCAGGAGAAGCUACAGGUAUGAGUUCGUCGCUAGUCUUUACGGCACAAGCUGGUACCACUCCCACUACUCGGCCCAAUUCGCCGGCGGUCUCUUCGGGCCCAUUGUGAUUCACGGCCCAACGCGCGAGAAUUACGAUAUCGACCUCGGUCCCAUCCUGCUCACCGACUGGUACCACAGAGAAUAUUUCGACAUCAUCGAGGAAAUGCUCGCUCCUGGCGGCAGCGCCAAGGUGGUGUCGGACAACAACUUGAUCGACGGCAAGAUGCAUUUCGACUGCUCGACUGUCGCUCCAGGGGAUAACACUCCGUGCUUCGACAACGCCGGAGUCUCCAAGUUCAGGUUUCAGACGGGCAAGACGCAUAGGCUGCGCCUGAUCAACGGCGGUGCUGACGGCGUUCAGCGCUUCUCGAUCGACGAGCACACACUCACCGUCAUCGCUGAGGACUUUGUACCGGUGAAACCCUACAACACCUCGGUGGUCACCCUGGGGGUCGGUCAGCGCGCCGACGUGCUCGUCACGGCAAAUGUCGGCGAGCCCACCUCGGCCUUCUGGAUGCGGUCCAACCUGUCGUCGUGCCUGCCGGCGCGGCAACCCUAUGCCGUGGCGGCCGUCUACUAUGACCAAGCGGACACUUCAACCACGCCAUCGAGCAGGGCCUGGGACGUCCUCGACCCCGGAACGUGCACAAAUGACGACCUCGACAUCACCGAGCCGCUGUUUCCCAUCCCACUGCCCGAACCGACCCUGACCCAUACCAUGGACAUCGAGCUCUUCACCAACGCCUCCAACGUGACGCUGUGGAAGUUCAACGGCGUCUCGAUGCGUGCCGACUACAACAGUCCCGUCCUCCUGCUGGCCAACGACGGCAAUUUCACCUACCCACCCCAGUGGAACGUGGUCAACCAGCACAACCACACGGCCAUCCGCAUCAUCGUGAACAACAGGAGCCCCAGCGCUCACCCGAUGCAUCUCCACGGUCACAAUUUCUACGUUCUCCACGAGGGCCCGGGAGAAUGGGACGGCACCAUCGUCCGUCCGUCGAACCCCCGCAGGAGAGACGUGUACUCGGUACGGAGCAAGGGCCACUUGGUGAUUCAGUUUGACGGCGCGCCCGGCGUCUGGCCCUUCCACUGCCACAUCGCUUGGCACGUGUCCGGCGGCUUCAUGGCGACGCUGAUCGUCAAGCCCGACGAGGUGGAGCGCAUGGAGAUCCCCCGCGACGUGGAGAAGAACUGUCGGGCGUGGGCGAUGUGGUCCAAGUAUAACGUCGUAGACCAGAUCGAUAGCGGGACUUGA